AUGUUAGGAGACUAUGAGAUUCCCGUGUUUAAGCGUAAGUGGGUUCAGCUUAUUAAAGAAUUUGGCCUUGAGGAUAAGCCGUGGGUGAACAAUAUGUAUGAAGAGAAGCAUAUGUGGGCUACUGCAUAUAUAAGAGGAAAAUUCUUUGCUGGCUUUAGAACUACCUCAAGAUGUGAAGGUUUACACUCAAUUGUGGCAAGGUAUGUGGGCUCGCGGUAUGAUUUGACAAGUUUUAUAGAGCAUUUUCAAAAGCGUGUUGCACACUUGCGCUUUAAAGAAUUUAAAGUUGAUUAUGACUCUACACAUGGGGUGCCCAUCAUGCAGACUUGUAUAGAGCUGCUAGAGAGAUUUGCUGCUGAGUUAUACACUCAUGAGAUAUUUCUAUUGUUUCGGCCAUUUCUCUCUAGAGCUGGAUUAAUGCGGGUGCUAAACAUAGAGAAUAAUGAUGAUUGCAUAAAGUACAUUGUGUGUAAGCAUAGGAGGCCCGAUUUUAUGUGGACUAUUGAAUUUCGUCAAGAUGAAAUGAUCUUCAUGUGUACCUGUUUAAGGAUGGAGUCAUUUGGAAUUCCCUGCGUACAUAUUGUGAAAGUUCUGGUUGAAAGAGACAUUUGUGAGAUUCCCUCGUCAUUGGUAUUGGAUAGAUGGACAAAAAAGGUGAAAUCAGCACUCAAUGAUCCAAGUGGGUUCACCAGGAAUUUUGUUGUUAUUAGUCGUCAAAGUUCCUUGAUGGAAUUUUCUAAACAAUUGGCUGCUGUUGCUGCUAAAGUACCAGAGUGA